ACUGGCCUGCACUCCAUUGCCUGCAGUGGCCAAGAGCAGCUCUGACCACCCGAGGUCUCCCUCCCAACCCAAGCAUCUCUAGUCUGACCUCUGAUUCCUGAUCUCUGACCUCAGCUGCCCUACCCUGGCCUGCCUAAGUGCCUGGGAAGCCCCCAGAGGCCCAGCUGUGGUUGUGGGUACUGACGCCCUACUCACUUCAAGCCCUCAAGAGCAGGCCGUACAGGGGCUCAGCCCCACCCUGGCCCACCAUGGCGCAGCAGCUCCAGGAUGAGCUGGCCGCAUUCUUCUUUGAAUACGAUACUCCCCGAAUGGUGCUCGUCCGCAACAAGAAGGUGGGCAUCAUGUUCCGGCUGAUCCAGCUCGUGGUUCUGGUUUACGUAGUCGGGUGGGUGUUUGUCUACGAGAAGGGCUACCAGACUUCAGGUGGCCUCAUCAGUAGUGUGUCUGUGAAACUCAAGGGCCUGGCUGUGACACAGCUCCCAGGCCUGGGCCCCCAGGUCUGGGAUGUAGCUGACUACAUCUUUCCAGCCCAGGGGGACAGCUCCUUUGUUGUCAUGACCAAUUUCAUCGCGACCCCCCAGCAGGCUCAAGGCUACUGUGCAGAGCACCCAGAAGGGGGCAUAUGCACAGAUGACAGCGGCUGUACACCAGGGAAGGCUGAAAGGAAAGCCCAAGGCAUCCGCACAGGAAAGUGUGUGGCCUUCAACAACACUGUACACACCUGUGAGAUCUUUGGCUGGUGUCCCGUGGAGGUGGACGACAAAGUUCCACGCCCCGCCCUUCUCCGGGAGGCCGAGAACUUCACUCUCUUCAUCAAGAACAGCAUCAGCUUUCCACGCUUCAAGGUCAACAGGCGCAACCUGGUGGAGGAAGUGGAUGCUGCCUACCUGAAAACCUGCCUCUAUCACAAGACCACCCACCCGCUGUGCCCUAUCUUCAAGCUAGGCUACGUGGUGCAAGCGUCAGGCCAGAAUUUUAACUCCCUGGCCGAGAAGGGCGGGGUAGUCGGCAUCACUAUCGACUGGAACUGUGACCUGGACUGGCACGUGCGACACUGCAAGCCCAUCUACGAGUUCCACGGGCUAUAUGAGGAGAAAAAUCUGUCUCAAGGCUUCAACUUCAGGUUUGCCAGGUACUUCGUGGAAAAUGGGACCAACCACCGUCACCUCUUCAAGGUGUUUGGGAUUCGCUUUGACAUCCUGGUGGACGGCAAGGCUGGGAAGUUUGACAUCAUACCCACAAUGACCACCAUUGGGUCUGGCAUUGGCAUCUUCGGGGUGGCAACCGUUCUCUGUGACCUGCUGCUUCUCCAUAUCCUGCCUAAGAGGCACUACUACAAGCAGAAGAAAUUCAAGUAUGCAGAGGCCAUGGGGCCAGGGGAGGUAAGAGGGCUGUUUGAGUCAGGCCCUUCAAAGGCUUCACAUCCGUGUGUCUGUGUUGGGGGUGCCAGCUGUUUCCCUUAAGUCGACUUUUAUCCCAUCCACACACACACACAGGGUGAGCGUGACCUCGCAGCCACCAGCUCCGUCCUGGACCUUCAGGAGAACAUGAGGACGUCCUGACACUCGGCCCCUGACUCCUGACUAGACGUAGCAUGAGGCCUCAGGACAGGGCUCUGGUGGCAUCCCAGCCAGGACGGAGGGUCUCCCCAGGAGUUCUGCUGCCCUCUCAGCCAGGCAGACACCAGGUUGGACCUGGGGAGCUCAGAGUGGACCUGGGGAGAGACCUGUGUGAUUCUGGGCUCUGACUCCCACUCUGCACACCUCUAAGGCAGCCCCACUCUAGCCUCAGCCACUCCUGGUGGAAGGGCGGGGGCUGGACAGGUACACCUAGCUUUGCACUUCUCUCUCAGGGCCCUCAGUAUCCAUCCCCCUGUCUCAGUGUCUGGAUCUCUGCCCACCAAUGUGGCAGCCACUAGCCACAGAUGACUAUUUAAAUUUUAGUUAAUUAAAAUGGAAUAAAACGAAGAUUUCUAGAGGCUGCCAUAUUGGGCCACACAGAACAUUCUCAUCAUCACAGAAAGUUCUACUGGGAAGCUCUGCUCGAGCCCUGUUUCUCGUUGGCCUCGGAUUUCCCUGAGGAGCUAAGCCACAAAUCCGGUGCCUAGGCCCCUCCAGGCCUCCCGAAGCAGAAUCUUGAGUGCUGGGCCACAGGAGCUACAUGGUUAGCUAACACCCCAGACCAUUUUGAAACCUAAGUUUAAGAACCACUGCCCUAGAACUUUCUGACUCUAAGCCCUUGAUCAGGUGUCAGGCUUAGGCCUGGGACUGUAUCACCUGGCAGAUGGGGGCAUGGAGCAAGGUCUCAGACACUCUUAGCAUCUGUGUGGUUUACACACAUGCCACACAGUGUCUUGGGUACGCCCUCCCAUAUUCACACCCACCCACAUGCACAUACCCCUCCUGCCACACUGUGUAUUUGAGCAGCUUGGCCCCUACAAACACAACCAUCCAAGCACACUUACACCCCCAAGCACAGGCACAUGAGCCAUGCCAUGUCACCUCCAUGGGGAAGUGCUCCUCCCCAAAUGUAUCAGAUCAGGACAGCCUCUUCCGGCCAAGAGUCCCUACUAGCUACCUCGGGUCAGGGUGGGAGCCUUGACCAGAUCCUGGGCUCUCUGCCUAUGGCUCAGCCCCAGCUCCAAGGCCUGCCUGACUGUGUCUGAACACAAGGUCUGGGGAAAGCGAGGGGCGGAGUACAA